GCGAGCGACUAGCUGCUGCUGCUGAAGAAAUCUUCAGACACUGUGAAGGAACCAUCGUCCAGUACGAGCAGGAGCUCUGUCGUCAGCGCAGACUGCUGGAUAUCACCUGGAAACCACAGCUUCCACCACAGCCGAGCACUAUAGACAACCCUAAGAAUGUUUUGAAUGAAAAGUUGGAUCUUUGCAACCAGCAGAGAAACUCAAGAGUGGAGCAGGAAGAACCACAACCUCCAGAGGUUGAAGAGCAACAGAAGGAACCAGAACUUGUACAGAUUAAAGAAGAACAGGAGGAACAAAAACCCCCAAACACUAGAGAAGAACUGAAAGAACCAGAGCCUCUACAGAUUAAAGAGGAACAAGAAGAACCACAACCUCCACAGAUUAAAGAGGAGGAAGAAGGACUCUGCAUCAGUCAACAUGAAGAACAGUUUGAUCUGAAGACUAAUAACUUGCUGGAGGUUCUUGCGCAUGAGGAAAAUGAGCACAGUGAAGCAGAUCUAAACAAUCAGCAGAGCUUUUAUGCAACUGAUGGUCUGUAUGAAGAAGAAAGACAAUAUGAAGAAUCAACAUCAUCUACAGAUGGAGAGACAGACCCACAGAACAGAGAUUUGAAGAAGAGAAGAAACAAAAGUUAUUACCAAAAUGUGGACAGCUCUCACAUGUUAGAAAGUCAGUGUGACUCUGAUGUCAGACAAAAACCCAAGAUGGGGACUUCAGAAGAAAACAGACCUUCAUCUAUGAAGGCUGGUAAUAGCACUGACAUUGGUCAUAUUGUGUCUCUCCACAUGAGGAAUGUUUCCGACGAAAGACCGUACGUCUGUGAGGAGUGUGGUGAAAGUUUUAGGUGGUGGACUCAUCUCAAAACACACAUGAGGACUCACUCAGGCGAGCUGUUUACUUGUACAGAAUGUGAUAAAAGUUUUUGUGCUAAAUCCUAUCUUAUAAGACACAUGAGAAGUCAUACAGGAGAGAAACUUUUUUCUUGUAAAGAAUGUCAUAAAGGGUUUUGUCAAAUUUCUCACCUCAGAAGACACAUGAGAACCCACACAGGAGAAAAGCCUUAUUGUUGUGAACUAUGUGACAAAAGUUAUGGUGAUGCAUCUACUCUCAAAUACCACAUGACUACUCAUACAGGAGAGAAGCCCUUUUCUUGCAAAGAAUGUGACGCAUGUUUUAGUCGUAUAUCUGGUCUCAGAAUACACAUGAGAACUCAUACAGGAGAAAAGCCCUUUUCUUGUAAACAAUGUGAUAAAAGUUUUAGUCAUGUGUUUAGUCUCAAAAUGCACAUGAGAACCCACACAGGAGAGAAGCCCUUUACAUGUCAAGAAUGUGAUAAAAGUUUUAGUCAGUUAUCUACUCUCAAAAGACACAUGACAACUCAUACAGGAGAGAAGCUUUAUUCUUGUAAAGAAUGUGAUUCCAGUUUUAGUCAAAAAUCGAAUCUCAAAACACACAUGAGAGUUCAUACAGGAAAGAAGCAUUUUACUUGUAAAGAAUGUAAUAAAGGAUUUAGUGAAAAUGGUUAAAUUUGGGAUACACAGGAAAACACACAGCAGAAGACUCGUCAAGUAAAGGACAGUGUGGGUUUACAUAGGAGCGGGUAAAUCUGUGAAAGUCCUUUUUUUAAUGAUUUUUUAAAAAAUGAGAUGUCUCACUAAUUUUUUUUCCUGUUUUGUUAGGUUUAUUUAUUACCCCUAAGUUCAAUGUUAAGAUAAUUAGAAUAAUUUGCAAAAAAUAUUGUUGUAACAACGGAACUUUAGUUCCAGUUUUACCCCUUUCAAUUGCCAUAACUCUUGUUCCAUCAACACAAUUAGCGUCAUUCCAGUGGAUUGUACAGAAGAGAAAAACAGCUUUGUGUUGAUGGAACACUUUACACUUGUAAAAUGCAUAUACACAAUUCAUUUGAAGUGUAGGAGGGGCCAUAGUUCAACUCCUGCUCAAAACGGGAGGACCAACAUUUACUUAACGUGUGAUAAACUGCAUGGAAAGACAUUUGCGUUAAUGCAUUACUGAAGCAUUGAAUGUGACAGAUUAAUCAGCUCGUCGCAUUAAACAAAGGGCAAUGCUGAUAUUUGUCAAAAUAACAAAUAACACAGACAACUGUUCAGUCCCUAUUCUCAAUAUAUGAUCCACGAAUCGAUACAUAAAAAUUCAAAUAACUUUUAAGUGAUACAAUACUGUCCAAUUAUUUUACCUAGAUCAAUACAAUCUAUAUAUUUAUUGUUAAUUUGAUACAAAGUCUGUUUUAUACAUCGCAACCUUUUUUGUAUCUUUUGCCAACAUAAUCCUAUUUGUAUCUUUGGAUCUGAACUAAUACUGUUGUGACUCUCAGCACUAUAUACAUUUUUCAAUAUGUAUCCGUUAUCCUUUACAUUCCUAGUCAGUUGAGUGAAGAGUUAAGGUUGAUCAAAACUUUAACCCGUUGACGAAAGCUCCGGUAUAAAGGGUUAAAUGGUCCGUUGGUUUUGAGUAUGUAGAGCUCAAUAGAGUGUAAAGAACUUCACACUGCCCUCUGCCAUCAAGCUGUAUGCAGAUUCUGAUUUCAUUUUCCAGAAGGGCUUGACCUCUUCCCAUACUGCUAAAGGUGCCUAAAGCUUCUUUGGUGGCCUUGAUGUUACCAUGUUUGAUUAACCAGGAAAGUGCAUUGAUUUAAGCCCAUUAUGUCAAGAAAAAAAAAAAAAAAACAGGAUACCAGACCCAAUAAUGACAUUGACCUGAAGUCAGAUAUCUUCUUAACCUUUAUUUAACCAGGGGUGGAUCCCAUUGAGAUUUAAAACCUCUUUUUCAAGGGAGCCCUGGGGAGGAAUCAAUACAACAAUAAAAUACAACAUUUGUUAAGCAAAUAAAACAGAAUUACAAUGAAGGUUAAAAUUUCAUACAAAUUAAUUAGCUAAAACAUGUACAAUUUAAAGAAGCAGUCUCAAGUGCUCUUAAUCUAGAUUUAAAAGCAUUUAUGGAGAUAAGUUCUCUCAGUUGCAAGUCCUUUUGAAGCAAAUUCCAUGAGGACGGAGCAGAUGAGAAAAAAGCCUUUUUCCCAAGCUCAGUACGAACAGAAGGAACAGAGAGUAAUAAAUGGUUAUUGGAACGCAGAGCAUGAGAUUGAACAUAUCUCUGUGUGAUUAAGUUACAAAUAUAAUCAGGAAGAAGUCCAAGUAUAGCUCUGUAAAUAAAACUGUACCAGUGAGUUAAUCGCCUGGUGGACAGAGAAGGCCAUCCCACUUUGAGGUAUAGCUGACAGCGAAUAUCAAAGCAGCCUGAACUUUCAUUACAUUUACACAAAGCAACAGGCUGAUGGCCUUCAAUCACGAUACAUUGAUGCAGUAAUUCAAAUCUAAAAACUUAAGGACAGAUAAACUUUAUCUGUGUGUAAUGAUUAGGUGUGAUGGAUUGAACUUUUUUUAAUUGACUGAUUUAUCAUUGAACUUUUUCACUAUUUUUUAAAUAUAUAAAUACAAAUACAGUUUUGAAUGAUAUCAUUUAAAUCUUUAGCUCUAGAGUGGCUUUUACCAGUAAAUUGUAACUACUUUUUGCACUGGCUUUUCUUGUUAAUUUUAUUUUUCAACGAACAAUCUUCUAAACCAUUUAAAAUCAAUGUUUAUUAUUUUUUUUGUUUAUUGAUUUUUAUUUUUAUUUAAAAAAUAAUGUUUAAUGUUUAUUUUACCAUUGUGGUUGUAGUUUAUGCUAAGACAAUGUAUAUGUUAUCCAAGUCUGUGCUACCAUGACACUUGAAGUAUAUUGUAGAUAUUUUAAAUUCUUACACUUUUUAUCGUAACAUUUCAUUUAGGUUUUUAACAAAAUAAGACAACAGUUUAUAUCUUGCUGAAUCAUGUGUACAAGUAACUGUAAAUAACAGACUUGUUUUUCUCUUGUGUUCUUGUGAUUCAUUUUUAACAGUAAAUUCGAACUGUUGAUUUGUUCUUUUUGGUUUUCA